AUCUCGGGACGCGUCAGGACGGCGCACAAAUCCCAAAUCAUGCGAAGGUAAAUUUGGUGUCGCAGCAGGCAGGACCGGUUAUUGGCCCUCACGAGGGGCCACCUAUAGGGUUGCAGAACCCUCUUGGAAGCCCUUCGCGGAGACUAUCCAUGUUCGCCACGUCUGAAGACCCAGUCAAGGAGGUAGACAUGUCCACAAUGUAGUAACCUUGGUUUACAAGUGAAAUUUUGGUAUGGGUCUACCACGGCAUCGCACAUUAUUCUUUUCCCAUCCUCUCAUCUACUACUAUUUGAGGGAACAGUCUUUCAGUCCUGAGACAAUACUACUCGGUACAUUAGAAAACAUGUCGUCCGCCACCGCACCUCGCAAAGACUCAGCGCAGAGCUCCAAAGAGGGGCUCCAAAAGCGGACCCACGACCACGCUCCUCUCGAAACCUCUCCGCUAGCCAACUGCUCGGACGCAGACAUUGUGACGAACGACGAGCGCGCAAAAUCGCCAGACAUUAUGCGCGUCCUCUCGCCCAUGCGUCCACGCCGAACCCCCAAGCUCGUCAACGCGCCAGAAAUGAAAUGGCGUCUGCCGCCGCACCUGCAGCACAUGCCAUCACUCGACUCGCUCCUGAGCUCAGCCACGUCAGCAUCAGAACCGUCAACCGUUCGCAAAGUACCUGUUGCACCUCGUGACAUCGCACUGCCGGUCUCGAGCGCGAGCUCAAUCAUCACCACCCUGUCCGGCACGGUCGUGCAAGAUCCCCCUGUUCCAACAUCGCCAUCCCCGCCUCAGACCGAGGCCAGACUUACCAUCCUCACACGAAUCAAUGACAGGUACAACGAAGCUCGCGUAAACGAGCGUCCACGCAUCACCCCCCACAUGGGCGCGCAUCAACCGCAUUAUCUGUCGCCUGUGACCGAGGCUACUUCCUCACCCAGUAUCCGCUCUUCGAUUAUCGACCUCAUGAUCGAAGAAGUUGGCACAGCCGAGCGCCAUCCGCUGAGUGAUGUGCGAAGGCAGAACGUCCACGUCAUUGGCGCAAGUGAGAUCCAGGACGUGUUCGACAGACGUGGAUUGCGGGGCAAUGGUGAGAGGGAGGAACAGUAUAGCAUUAGCAUCAGGGAGGCGGAGUGCGGUGGGGAGUUUGUUGUUGGUGCAGAGGAGGCCGAUGGGAGGGUGAGUUUGAGGAGGGUGUAUGGCAGACUGAAGAAAAGUGUUAAGGGUACGGCGAGGAGGUUUGUGGAGGACGUGGCGAGAAACUGUGUUACUAGAGCUUUGGCGAGGGUGCUGUAGUUGGGUAGUGUUACACUGGGCACGAUAUAUCGGUGGUAGACCGAUAUUGUGGACGUGAACUCAUGGCCUUGAUCAGUUAUUCAGGGCAAGUGCGUAGAAAACCCGGGGGUUGGGGAGGCGCGGGAGAGUAAAAUUUCUAGGAGGAACUAAACGUAUAACAAA